AUGGCCACAGAAGCAGCAGCCCGAACCUUCUUUUCAUCUCCCUAUUUCGCUGUUGUGGGAGCAUCCUCCGAUCCUGCGAAAUUCGGGCAUAAAACUCUGGGCGUAAAGAGUGUCUGGUUGCAACCUGGGACGUAUGAUGAUGAGAUUUUGGGAUAUGCGUUGAGGGAGUUUGAGGGGGGUGUUGGGGGGGAAGAGGGGGGGAGUUUGGGAGGGGAGGGUUGGUGUGUUUUGGUUGAUGGGGAGAGGGCUGCGGGGGCGGCGGGGAGGAGUUUGAAGUUGUGA